UCAAACUCUCCACUAAAUACAUAGCAAACUGAAUUAGUAGAGUUUUGCACUAAGGCCUGUCUCUUCCUCAUUACCAGGCAUUCAAUGCCGUGUUUUUCGAGUUACAGAUCUCUUAUUUUUAGUUCUUUGAACGAAUCACAAAGCUAAGAUGUGCUCAUUUGAUCACACCUUCUAUAGGUCCACGUUCUUGUUCUCCACACCUGCUUUUCGUCGGUUAUCUCAAAUCUGAGUUUUUCGAUCGUGAGGAAAUAAGGUUAUUUUUUUUGAACCAAGAUUGUCCUAUUGGUCAUCUUUUCAAAUCUGAAAAGCCCUGUUUUUUAUGAAUUGCCCCGUAUGGUGCUCCUUACUUUUGGUUGAUUUCUCCUUCCAAAUCUGACAGAUCUAAUAUGAACAGCAGCUACACUGUCAUCCCCAAAAGUACCUCCAUAGAACUUCAAUCUCUUAAAAAUGGCAUUGAGCUUGAAAGUCCUAAUCAUAAUGGCACAGUUAAGGAACGAUUUGAAGAAGAUAAUGUUAAUGAACUUGAUGUCCUUCCCCUCAUCGUCGAUGGUGACAGGCAGAGGGCUAGCAGUGAUUCUGGCUCUGGGAUCCCCGGUUCAGUUUUCAACCUUGCUACCUCUAUUAUUGGCGCCGGGAUCAUGGCCCUUCCCGCCACCAUGAAGGCUCUUGGUCUUGUUCUUGGUUCCUUCGCUAUAGUUGUGAUGGGAGUUCUAUCAGAAAUCAGUAUUGAGCUUCUUGUUCGGUUUUCCCACCUCAGCAAAUCUGCUUCCUAUGGUGAAGUAGUACAAUCCGCCCUUGGUUUCCGUAUGAGGAUCCUAUCAGAAAUCUCUAUAAUUAUCAACAAUGCAGGUAUACUUGUGGUCUAUCUAAUUAUCAUAGGAGAUGUGAUGUCGGGUUCACCAGAUCAUGUUGGUGUAUUCCAACAACUGCUUGGCCAUGGAGUAUGGGAUCUAAGAAAGCUUGUGAUUCUAGUUGUUUUGGUUGUGUUUCUGGCUCCCUUAUGUGCUUUGGAGAAGAUUGAUUCGUUAAGCUUCACGUCAGCUGCAUCUGUUGCUCUUGCCAUUGUUUUUGUUGUAGUAUCUUGUGCAGUUGCCUUUACGAAGGUUGUGGAGGGAAGGAUAGCAAAACCAAGGAUGGGGCCUGAUUUGGGGAGUAAAGUAGCUAUCUUGGAUUUGCUAGUUGUUGUUCCUAUCAUGACAAAUGCCUAUGUUUGCCAUUUUAAUGUUCAACCGAUCUAUAAUGAGCUCAAGGGAAAAUCUCCUCAGAAGAUGUAUAGGGUUGGGAGGAUCACAACUCUGUUGUGUGUGCUCGUAUAUUUUGCAACUGCGGUUUCUGGAUACUUGUUGUUCGGGGAUGACACUGAAUCAGAUGUGCUCACCAAUUUUGACAAGGAUUUAGGGAUUGGAUUCAGUACAUCACUGAACUAUGUUGUUAGAAUUGGUUAUGUUCUUCAUCUUGUUCUUGUGUUUCCUGUGAUCCAUUUUUCUCUUAGGCAGACAGUGAGUGCUUUGCUGUUUAAAGAACCUCUACCUCAAAGUAGGGUUAAGACGCUGGCUUUGACCGCCUCAUUGUUGGGACUUAUUUAUCUUGGUUCUGCCAUGAUCCCUAACAUCUGGGUUGCCUUCAAGUUUACAGGUGCCACCACUGGGCUGUCUUUAGGAUUCAUAUUUCCUUGUUUGAUUGCUUUAAAAUUGGACAAGCAAGGUGUGGGUUGGAAUCGUGGAGAGAGACUAUUGUUGUGGAUGAUGUUAUCGUGGGCACUAUUGGUUAGCAUUGUAGGAGUUGUAGGGAAUGUCUAUGGCCUCCAAAGCGAUUCUUCGUAAUAGGCAUUUUAUGCAUUUUUCCGGCCUUUAUAUCAUUUUGAGUAAUAUGGCACUCAUUCGGAUUAGCUGCAGAUGAGCUUUAAGAAAGGGCGUAGUAUCGAUUCCAAGAGCUAUUAUGUUUCUGCAAACGGUUUCUGCAGAAGGUUAUUGCCUUAUUGCUAACAGGUAUGAGAUGAUUUGUGGUCAUUUAUAUAUUGCUGAGAAUAAAACUUUUUUGAGGAAUUUCGUGAAGUAUAUGUGGUUAAGCAUGAGAGGAACUUGACAACAAAUGAGGAGUCUUUUAACAUGUUCGGAUGACCAAAUUCUUUUACUUGAUCAGAGGCUUCUCCCAAAUUUUAGCUUCUCUAUUCUUUUUCAAUUAUAAUGCUACAUUAUUCGACUUCAUGAUUCAUUGAUUUAAAUUAACGAAAAACUAUCUUGUUACUUUUAUAUUGUUUGA